AUGCAAAAGCUUCGACGGCCCGACCAGUACGCCGUCCCGAUCUUCCAAGGAUACAUCAGCGACGACCAUGACGACGAUCACCCAGUGUAUAUUAAGCGAAAUUCUGUCCUACAUUUGGCGUUAUUCGUCCCUUGGGAAAACUUCAUUUCUGAGAGCCAAGGCGAUAUAACCGACAUAUGGACGACGCAUCGAGCGCGGCUUUGUCCCCGCCUCCGUUUCUACGUCUCCAACAUUUGUCUUUUGAGAAAGUCUGCCGAGGACGCGCGUAAAGACGCGAAGCUCUGGGCCACUCGAUCGGAGGGUGACGACACAAUUGACGUCGAGUACCCACUUGACGAUGGCCGCUACGAAGAGGAGCCUCCAGCGAUGGCCCAUCGUCAGGCCUACAGAGCUCUACUCCAGAUUUUGCGAAAUGCCGUGCAAGAUACAGACGCCACGAAAGACUCCCCCGUCCUUGGAGGUUUAAUACGCGACCUGUGCGAAGAGAACCCGGCUGAAGAAGAACAGCCUUUUGUGCUACGUCAGGACGAUCUAUACCGGAAUAUACCCCAUGAUCAAGGUGACGCCUUGUGCCAAUUUCCAAUCUCUCGAGACGAUGUCCAAGCAGCGGCCAAAGCCCAACGACUAUUGCAUCUUCGGAUGCUGGAUGAUAUCGAGGCUGGUUCUCAGCGCACCGUACUGUCCGCGAAUGGCACCGACAUUGACGAUACCCUAGCUCGUUACGGCGAUAUGGAGUCCGCCGCUGCGCUCCCGGGUAGUGACCUCGAUGAACAAGGCCCUCGGAUGCUUGUCGACGUCAGUCCGGUCACUAGCUUCGUGGAGAUGGGACGCACCACCGCCGCUAGCUUUACACUGAACUAUCUACAGACCAUGGCCCUUCAACUCGUUUGCGUAUUUCUGGACAAGUAUACUGCCGAUCCGGACUCAGCUGGUCAGCAUCUUCAAUAUACCGGCGGGCCGGGAGGCACGGGAAAGUCAAGGAUUAUCGAUGCCCUGAAGGGCGUGUUCGCGGCGAGAGACCAGCCACAUCUUCUGCAGAUAACCGGCACAUCAGGCAGUUCGGCGGCCCAGAUUGGCGGCACGACGAUCCACUCGGCCUGUGGGUUAGAUUCCCAUCGCGAUCCAAACAAACCGCCUCCCCCCUUCUCGGAGGCGAAGAAAUGGAUAUGGAAACUGAAGCUGGUACUCGUGAUUGACGAGACCCCCCUGCGACAAGCCACCAUCUCUCACCACAGCGGCUGCAGAUUGUGGUACAUGUUCAAAACCGUUGUGCUCCUCGAAGACCAAGUCCGCGCACGCAACGAUCCCCAACUCCGCGCACUCCUGGAUCGAGUCCGUAACGGCCGGCAGACCCAGCAAGAUCUGAGCUUGCUCAAUGCCAACAUUGUAGGACGCUCCCAAAUCACCUUCCAUGACGGUUUGCGUGCUAUAACGCCGCUGAACCGCACCCGGUGGGCCCUCAACAUGGAAGCCGUCGUGGGCUGGGCGCGCUUCAACAGGCAGCAUAUCCGUAUCUUUGUCUCGACUCACACCUGGCGCAACGGCACGCUUUCUCCAAACAUCGUAGCGCGAACCAUAGGACAAGGUGACGACUCUGCCUGCAAAGUCCCCGGCGUCUUCUUCUACGCUCAGGGCAUGCCUGUGGUUGUGAAAAAACAUCUACACGGGAUACCACUUGGCGGAUGA